AUGGAACUUGAUAUUGAUCUCCCGAAGGCUCCAUUUGACAGCCGCUGGUUUGUGAUCUUCUCUUCCAGGAAUUGGACUGAUCAGCUGUUCAUAGCUUCUAAUGUGUCGAUCAUAGUCAAAAAGGUUCAAGCCAUUGUCGCCCCAGAGUUGCAAAAGAGAUUUGUGAUGAAGAGCUCUAGGAUUAACAACCUGACAACAUCCAUUGCAUUCUUCUUUCUGUCAUCUGCUAUUGCUGUGUUCAGACACCUAUCAAUCUCAGUUUUUGUAAUUUUUUUUGACUUCUUGAAGUACUUCUUUUCGAAGGCCAAAUUUGUUCUUGUGGAAGUUGUUGUGCUUGGCAACUUGUUUCUUUGUUUGGCAAUCCAAAGAUGUCACACACAUCAUUGCUUGUAA